AUGACCGCAGAAGAGGUUUCGCAGGCCGACAUGGAGGAGAAUGGGCUUCCUGGACCCGGUGCACCCACGCCUCUCUCUGCCCUCGAGGGAGUUGGCGGCCUCACCGCUCGAGAUAUCAAAUUAAUCACCGAUGGAGGAUUUCAUACCGUAGAGGCGGUAGCAUAUACACCAAAGCGAAUGCUGGAACAGAUCAAGGGAAUUUCAGAGCAAAAGGCGACAAAAAUACUGACUGAAGCGGCCAAAAUCGUACCCAUGGGAUUCACGACUGCUACAGAAAUGCACUCACGUCGAGCGGACCUAAUAUGUAUUACUACUGGCUCUAAACAACUUGACACACUUCUUGCCGGUGGUAUCGAGACGGGAUCGAUUACAGAACUCUUUGGCGAAUUCAGGACAGGGAAAAGUCAGAUCUGUCAUACCCUUGCUGUUACAUGCCAACUGCCCUUCGACAUGGGCGGCGGGGAAGGCAAAUGUCUCUAUAUUGAUACGGAGGGUACUUUCCGACCAGUGCGCCUGUUAGCCGUGGCCCAGCGGUACGGGCUUGUGGGCGAGGAGGUGCUAGAUAAUGUUGCAUAUGCCCGUGCAUACAACUCCGACCACCAGCUUCAACUACUCAACCAGGCAUCCCAGAUGAUGUGUGAAACGCGAUUCUCUCUGCUGAUCGUCGACUCCGCCACAUCACUCUAUAGGACUGACUUCAGUGGCCGUGGAGAGCUAUCAUCAAGGCAAAACCACCUUGCCCGUUUCAUGCGUACCCUGCAGCGUCUUGCCGAUGAAUUCGGCGUCGCAGUUGUCAUCACUAACCAGGUCGUUGCGCAAGUCGAUGGCGGGCCAAGUUCCAUGUACAAUCCUGACCCUAAAAAGCCCAUUGGGGGUAACAUUAUUGCACAUGCAAGCACGACGAGAUUGAGUUUAAAGAAAGGACGAGGAGAGACUAGGAUUUGCAAGAUUUACGAUAGCCCGUGUCUGCCGGAGAGCGACUGUUUGUUCGCCAUUAACGAAGAUGGGAUUGGCGACCCUAGCCCGAAAGAUCUAGAGAAGGAUUCAUAG